AUGACACAAAACCGUUUAGCUUCCUCCUGUACCCCUACUGCAACUGCUGAAUCAGCUAGAAAGAGCAACUCUUCUAACAAAACAGGCAACACCCAUUCCUCACUGCAUAUCUACAAGAAACCAGUUGCACUCCAUCCUUUCAUCAGCUCCAAACACUCCAACACAUCAUCAAUCUACUGCACAAAGCCACUUCACAACAGUACUCCAACCUGCAACAGCUACUAUAUUCUCCUUUCCUCUCCAUUUCAACUCCAGCCUGCCACAGACUACCCCAACUAUGCUACAGAGACAGAAGACUUUACAAAAAUCUCCUUUUCUAUCUCAGUCUUUUCAGUCCCUGCUGAUCCUGUAAUGACAGCAACUUUGCAUGCACAAGUACAGAGACCUCUUGUAAAUAUUUAGAUGAAAAUCCAUUUUGUACUGCCAGAUUAGC